AUGUCCGCACCACCAGUCCCACCGAGACCUUAUGAACUUUCCUCUAAUUCAUCUUCUCAUAUCCAAAACCCAGGCCCGCCCCCACCGCUUCCACCGCUCCCACCCGAGAUCCUGCGGCAAGCCGAAAAGUACGACACACCGAGCCAGUACGAGUACGAAUCGCCCCCGCACUUUGAGCGGCCGAUGAUUGCGCCCCGUCCGCAUCGAGUUGAUAAAAGUAUACCUGUUAAUAUGGCACGUACGCUGGACGAGCAGCUCUCGCAGUCCCAACCCAGUACCAACGAAAUCAAUUACAACCCUGGAUUCAUGGUCCUUUCCCGCCCUCCUCAACAAAUUUCCCAAUCCCAACAGGGCCAGCAGCACGCGACGUGGGUCGGAUCGCCACAGCCCGUGUCCGACACUGAUCUGCACGCAUCGAUCGCGAGUCUGUCGCUCCAAUCCAGUGUGCCUCUUACCACCACAAGCAACUCAAAUAUGGCGACUUCCAUCAUCCCGCCGCCUCCACCGCCGACUAUCCAGGGAGCACAGACGUAUUACGCUCCUGGACCGUCCUCACCACCGCGUCUCGCCGCCCAACCCUCCACAUCGACAUCGACAUCAACAUCAUCAUCAACAACUUCACAACCCUCGCUAACGGCACCCCUACCAUCACUAGUCCAUCUCGCCGGGGCCCUCCCAACCAUCCUCGCCACCUCACCAGCGCACCCACCACAUCUCACCAUCGCCUGGGUACGCGACAUCUUUUUCCUGCUCCACCGCGCACAGGGUGCACCGACCGACCCGCCCGUGGGACCCCUAUCCUCAUCACACUCGUCCCGCGUUGACCCAGAGCUAGCGAGAUUGGCGGAGGAGGCUGUGGGCGUGGUGCUAUCGCUUGCCUCAUCAUGGUCUCCGCCGCCGUCAUCACAGGGCAAGAAAGUGGACAUGCCGCCACAUGUGGCUGAAGCGAUCGCGUACCGCGCCCAUCUCGCCGCAACGGGCCUCUUCCCCGCGCGCGUGCCGCAUAACCCUCGCGUGGCUUUUCGAGACUACGAGGCGGCUGCCAGGGGAGGGUACGGCGCCGCAUGGUUUAGAUUGGGGAGAGAUUACGAGAACUUUGGAGAUGAGAAGCGGGCGAGGGAGUGUUUUGAGCGUGGGGCAAAGAUGGGAGUUGAGAGUUGUGUUUAUCGUCUAGGGAUGGCCCACCUCCUAGGCCAACUCGCAUUACCCGCAUCCCCCGCCACCGCACUGCCGCUACUCCAUCGCGCUGCCCUCCUCUCCUCGUUGCACACGCCCCAGCCAGCAUACGUCUAUGCACUCCUCCUGCUCUCCGAAUUCACAUUGCUUCCUGCUCCUUUACCACCCUCUCUUCUCUCUUCCUUGGUCUCUCUACCACCUUCAUCUGGACCGCUCAUUCCUGUUGGGUCCAGCCCAACUCUUGAAGCACGAAAGCACCUGGAAAGAGCAGCGUAUUUGCACUUUCCUGCGGCCCAGUACAAACUCGGUCACGCAUACGAGUUUGCAGAGGCGCCCUUUGGCUUCGACCCCGUACUUAGUGUUCAGUAUUACAGCUUGGCGAGUGAGAGUGGGGCGGAAGGGAUGGAAGAGGCGGAUAUGGCGCUGAGCAAGUGGUUUUUGUGUGGGAGUGGGGGAGCAGGUCUUGCUCACGGAUCCGAUACCGUUGGAGGAUUUGAAAAAGACGAAUCCCUUGCUCUUCUAUUUGCUGAAAAAGCUGCGAGAAAGGGAUUACCGAGCGCAGAGUUCGCAAUGGGAUAUUACGCCGAGGUCGGUGUUGGACAGGUGCGUGAUGUGAACAAGGCAAUUGGGUGGUACGAGCUGGCCAAAUCCCACGGCAAUCCGGACGCCCCAGGACGCCUUCUCGCACUAACGUCCUCCUCGACACCGCAUACGCUUACGCGUGCCGAACACGCCCAAAUAACUGAGCAGAAGCUAAUAAGGAGACGGACAAUGGCCGCAAGGAGGGCAGAGGAGGAGCCAGUGAGUCCGCCAUGGGAAGGGAAGGUAUUCCCCAGUAUGGCGAGUGCAGGUGUUGGAGGAGAGCAACAGUUCGGACAGCAACAACAGCAAUUACCGGGAGGAAUCCAACAAGGACAAGGACAGAAGAGGCCGGACGGCCGAGCGGUCGUGGACUUGAUUCGCAAGAACUCGAUGGCUCACGCAGAAAACUCGCAAUCGCAGGGCGGGGUAGGGACUAUAUCCUCCAUACCUGUUGGAGGUCGCCUGCCGCCAUCGCAUUCGUCGUCACUCUCUGCUUCUGGAUCGUACAGUCAGGGGUACCCAGGGACGCAGCCACAAGGCUAUGGAGGACGGGAUGCGUCACCGGCGAGGGGGAGAUACGAUUCCUCUGUUGGCAUGGGUGUAAACAGCCAGCAUGGAAGGAUGGCGAGCCCGGGACGAAGAACACAGAGUCCUGGCGCGGCGAGGAGAGCGCAAAGCCCCGCACGACUUCCGAUUGGAGGUGGAAGCGUUCCUGCCAACGCGCCGUCGACCAAUUCUGGGUCGCCUGGACGUCCUGCACAGGCUCAAGGUCUAGGGGGACAGGCAGGACAAGGGCAAGCACAGGCGGGACAGACGCAAAUGCAAAGCAAACUCGAACGCAUGCGACUCAAUAACCUUCCCAACUCAAACUCUAAUACGGGAUAUGCAGGCGGCUUUGACGACCUGCGCUCUGCAACUGGUACCAGCGCGGGCAUUGGCAAUUCGCCCUAUCCGCCAUUCUCCGCCUCGGCGUCCAACUCAAAUCCAAAUCUGGGUCGGUAUACUGGUGGAAGUGGAAGUGGGCGAAAUACGCCCUCGCAUUCGCAUGGACAACCACAGUCCCAGUCUUCGCCGCAAUCACAGGCCCAACAAUCGCGCCCGCUAGCGCAGGGACAGUCGCAAAAACCGCAGGCGACGCAUCGUCCGAGCGCGAGCACCAUCAACAGUGUAGGAGAUGGAAACGGUGGAGGCAAGAGACCGCAGACGUUUGCAGAGAUGGGGAUCCACGGCGCUAAAGUGGAGGAUAAGGAUUGUCGGAUUAUGUAG